AAUAAUGUGUUUAGAAGUUGAGUUGAAAAUCCACCAUGGAGGGAAUUUCAAGAGAAUGCCAAAUCUGGCAUAUGUCAAUGGUGAUAUUGAGAGUAUUGUGUUAGAUCCAGAUAGAAUUUCAUACCCUCACUUGAUGAAGUACAUCACAGAGGAUAUGUAUAAAAAAGUGGAUUCACUGUCAUUUAAAUUGCCCGAUGAGAGUCUAGACAGCUUAAGGCCAUUAUGUGAUGAUGCUACUACUCUACAGCUAAUUGAGAUGGCAAUUAAUCACGGUGUAGUAGAAGUGUAUGUGGAACACGGAAUUGAUGAACCUGAACUUGUUGACAACUUAGGGCUGCCUUCAACAUUAACUGUGGGGGGAAAUGAUACUUCACUGAGAGUUGGGGCAGAGCAUCACAAUGAGUGUGAAGACACGCAUGAAAAAGAAAAAGAGAGUGAGAUAGAAACAAAUGGAGAAUAUGAAGACCAUGAAGAAGACAUACCAUCUGGUGAUGAUCAGGCUUCCUUAGAGGGUGAAGAAGAUUUAAACGAUGACAAUGAUGACCAAUUAAAAAAGUCUCAAAAUGAUUGGGUAAACAGUAAGGGUACUGGCACUAGUUCAGAGUCUGACUUUGACGGUGAGGAAGAAUGUAGUGAGUAUUAUGACUCUGAAGACCCCCCCAGUUUGCACUCAGAUUCUGAAAAUGAAGAGGGUCAUAUGGUGGGUUCAAAAGUGAAGAAGAAUAUGAAAUGUCCAUCAUACAAUAGAAAUUCAGAUUCCAAAGACCUUGACCUGAAAAUGUUGUUUGAAGAUGCAAGGGAGUUCAAAACUGCUAUAAUAAACUAUGCAGUUCAUUUUAAGCGGGAUCUUAGAUGGGUAAGGAAUGGGCCCAUGAGAGUUCAAGUGGCAUGUUCGGUGAAUUGUCCUUUCAGAUGCACUGGUUCAUGGGCAAAGCAGUACCACUGCUUCCAGAUGAAGACAUGGGUGGGUACACACAGAUGCAAUGAGAAAUUCAAGUUAAAGAUAGUUAGUCAAGCCUGGCUUGAAGAAAAGUACGAGAAUAAAAUCAUAGAAAACCCGUGCAUACGCCAAGUUGAGUUGCAAAAGGAAAUACGGAAUGACUUGAAAAUAAGUGUGAAUAUUACGAAGGUAAAAAGAGUCAUUGCCAGGGUAUUGAAAAAAAAUAAUGCAUCAUUUGGGGAUCAGUUUAGAAGACUAAGAGACUAUGGAGCUGAGUGUUUGAGGUCAAACCCAGGGAGCACCAUCAUUGUAAAAACGCAGAGGGUGACUGAAGACGGUCCUGAGGUAUUUCAACGAAUGUAUGUUUGUUUUGGAGCUUUAAAAAGGGGUUUUUUAUCGGGAUGCCGCCAAAUCAUUGGCUUAGAUGGAAGUUUUCUCAAAGGGUUGCUCAAAGGUGAAAUACUAAGUGCUGUGGGUAGGGAUGCCAAUAAUGAAAUGUACCCUAUAGCAUGGGCCGUUGUGGAGAUUGAAAACACUGAUUCGUGGAGGUGGUUUCUAGAGUUGCUGAAAGAGGAUCUGGACAUCAACAAUACAUUUCAUUGGACUUUGAUGAGUGAUCAACAAAAGGUAUGGAUAAAAACAACCAACAUAUCAUUUCACACUUGCUAAUUUCAGACCUUUAUCAUUUAUUAAGUUUUAGGUAUAUCUAUAGAUGUGAGUUACUGAUUUCAGAGUUUUCUCAUGUAAUUAUAGUACUAAGUUUUAAGUUUACUGUAUUUUUAGUUUUAAGUUUACUAAAUCUUAUGUAAAUCUGCCAACAAAAAAAUAUACUAAAUCUUAAGUAAAAUCUUAAGUUUACAGUUUACUAAAGUAUAGUUUUUACUAAAACUUAAGGAAAAUGUUAAGUUUACAAGUUUACUGAAGUAUAGUUUACAGUUUACUAAAGUAUAGUUUUUACUAAUACAGUAAUACUUAAGUAAAAUCUUAAGUUAUAGUUUUUUCUGAUUUCAGAAUUAGUCUUAAGAAGUGAGUUACAGUGUUCUCAGUUUUAUGUUUACUAAAACUUCAGUAUAUACUCUGUGUUAUAUUGCCUAUGUUAAUAUAGUUUUUACAGUAUAUGGGCAUUAUAUUAAAACUAACUGUGUCUUUACAGUAUAUGGGCAUUAUAUUAUGUCUAUGUUAAUAUACUCUGUGUCUAAAUUCUUUAGGUGUUAAACAAUCAGUGUAAAAAUCGUGUGCAGGGUUUAGUGAAGGUUAUAAAAGAACUUUUCCCAAAUUCAGAGCAUAGAAACUGUUGCAGACAUAUAUAUGCAAAUUGGAGUAAGAAGCACAGGGGAAAGAUGCUAAAGAAACAUUUUUGGUUCUGUGCCAGAAGCACAACUGAAGCUCACUUUGAAGAACAAAUGAAAGCGUUGAUGAAAGUUGAUGCUUUAGCAAAGGGUGAUUUGGACGUCAUUGACCCUCAUCAGUGGUGCAAAGCAUAUUUCAGAACUCAAGUGAAAUGUGACACCUUGGACAACAACUUAUCAGAGGCUUUUAAUAAUACAAUCCGAAAAGCUAGGUGCAAGCCAAUAAUUCCUAUGUUAGAGGACAUUCGAAUUACCACAAUGAAGCGAAUUGCUAAAAAGGUCAAGUUUGUGAAGGGAUGGACUUCCAAGCAUGGACCUAGAAUAUUGAAAAAGUUAAAUGCCAACACAUAUCAAAGCAUGGGAUGGAAGGUUAGUCUAUGAACUCAGUUGGUGAUUCAUAUAUAUAUUUAUUUCCUUUCUGAUGUAUGGUGUUUUAUAACAGGUUGUUUUCAAUGGUGAUGAUGGGUACGAAGUUAAACGUGGGAGCCAUCAAUAUCAAGUCAGGCUUGAAGCAAGAAGUUGCUCUUGUAGAGCUUGGGAAUUGAGUGGAAUUCCUUGCCCACACGCUAUCUGUGCAAUUUUGGACAAAGGUGGGGAUCCUGAGGAUUAUAUUGACCCUUGCUAUUCAAAGGAGGUGUACCAGGGAAUAUAUUCUUAUCACCUUCAACCAAUGAAUGGAGAGUUGAUGUGGAGUAAGACACAAAAUAAUGAUAUCGCACCUCCAAUUCCCAGAAAGAUGUCUGGCAGACCCAAGAGAAAGAGAACACGAGAAGCCAACGAAGGACUGGGGUCCGAAAACGGAAGGACGACGAUCUCAAGAAAAGGCAGAGUCAUGACUUGUUCGGUAUGUAAGCAACCAGGACAUAAUAAAGCAAAGUGCUCGAGUAAGACCUCAGAUACGCAGACGACAUCCACUGAACUUACAAAGACAACAAGCACUAUCAAACAAGCAUCUGCCAAAUUGAAAAUGAAAAGAAGAACUCAAACUGAAGCACCAAGCACUCCACCUGAUGCAGGACCCUCUGCUGCAGCCAUUUAGUGGAUAGAGUUGCAUUUAGUAGUAAUGUGAUAGGGAAACUAAUGUAUUUGUAUUUGUCUGGCAAUGACAAUGCCUUUUUUGACUUUGUCUAUGUUUCUGAUGUACUUGAUUGUGUUUUGAUGGCGUUAUUUCAGUCCAAGGGAUUCAAUCGUAUGAAAUGAAAAUGUUGUUUGAUUGAUGUUAUUUUUGUCCAGCAGGUUCAAUCUUAUGGAAUGAAAACCUGUUUUAAUUGAUGUUAUUUCCGUC